CAACUCUGAUUGGCUUACAAUCCCGGAACAGGCGUUAACCCAGAGAAGGCAGUGGCAAGAUGGCCUCCCUGGAUCGAGUGAAGGUACUGGUGUUGGGAGACUCAGGUGUUGGGAAAUCUUCAUUAGUCCAUCUUCUGUGCCAAAGUCAAGUGCUGGGAAAUCCAUCAUGGACUGUGGGCUGCUCAGUGGAUGUCAGAGUUCAUGAUUACAAAGAAGGAACCCCAGAAGAGAAGACGUACUACAUAGAAUUAUGGGAUGUUGGAGGCUCUGUGGGCAGUGCCAGCAGCGUGAAGAGCACAAGAGCAGUAUUCUACAACUCUGUAAAUGGUAUUAUUUUAGUACACGACUUAACAAAUAAGAAGUCCUCCCAAAACUUGUAUCGUUGGUCAUUGGAAGCUCUCAACAGGGAUUCGGUGCCAACUGGAGUCUUGGUGACAAAUGGGAAAAACAACUACUUGGAUUGCACAAAUCCACGGUACUUAGCUGCAGGUUCUUCCAAUGCUGUCAAGCUCAGCAGGUUUUUUGAUAAGGUCAUAGAGAAGAGAUACUUUUUAAGAGAAGGUAAUCAGAUUCCAGGCUUCCCUGAUCGGAAAAGGUUUGGGGCAGGAACAUUAAAGAGCCUUCAUUAUGACUGAGUUACACUCGUCCUUGGAAGAGUGAGCAAGCAGUGGCAGUCUUUCACAGCUUUCCUCUUGCUGUGUCAAUUAUUACCAUUACAGCCUUUUAAUGAAGUCGUCUUAAAAUGCUACCCUUCAGCCUCACCCUUUAAUGGAAAAAUGAAAGGUAGCGACAACAUGGGAGGUCCAAACUUUGUUCCUGUUCUCUGUAUUCCUCACCUUUCUGUCCCUGUUUAUAGAUUAUGUAAAAGCCUUGUGGAAAUAUGAGAUGUUGUCAAAAUGAUGCAGUAAAUGAGCAAUGACAGUGAAUUCCAAAGAAAAUUUACUCUUGCCUAGAACUGGAGGGUUUUUAUGGGUCUGUAAUUUUCCCACACUCACUGCUGAAGGCUUAAGUACAGUACUUGAAAAAUGUA